AAACUAAACACACAAAAUCCAGGCUGCUGGGAAUCCUGGGAUCUCCCAGUUUGUGUCUCUGGAGGAUCCAGAUACCUUCAACCAUACUGAAAUCUGCACACACUUCCUAAAGCACCAGCUCCUGGAGUCAUGGGAUUGCCGGAGGAGAUGAGCUUCCUCCCAGGAAGGAGAUGGAGCCAUGUGAGGAGGGUGGCGACUGGGAAAGGGGCUCUUCAGGGCUGCCAGGAUGUGGGGAGAUGCCCUGCCCUUGGGGCAUGACUGCUCUGCCAAAGAGCCCAAGCAGGCCACACUCCCAGUCAUGACCACAAUGUCCCCUUGUCCCUCCCCACAGAUUGGUCUGGGAGCUGCCGGCCGGACCCUGCUCCCUGUGGGAGUGGCUCUGCUGUGACACCUUGCCCCCAUCAUGGCCCCUCCUGGUGCACGAGCCUGAGCUGUGGCAAGGCCAAGCCUGUGGCCCUGGCUGUCCCCUGUCCUCGCUGCUCCAGGGCCUCACCCCGCACAGCCAGCUGGGGAUGUGGCCCCCCAAGGGGCGGCUUCGCAGGCCCGGGGCUCCGCAGCUCCCGGGGAGAACAAUGGCGCAUCCCUGCCCCGGCCCCUCUCCCAGGGACAACAAUGGCAGGAGCCGGAGUCGGAGCCGCCUGAGCUCAUCUCCCCCCGAGAGCUCGGAGGGGGCUGGGGCGGGCGGGGGGCCGUGGGCAGAGCGACAAAGGCUCCCUCCCAGCCCAGCUCUCUGCCUUGCACGAGUGGCCUCGCUCCCACCCAGCCAUCUGCACCCGCCCCAGGGGAGGGAGGGACACAGCAGCAGCAUUUUGGGGAUUCAGAGAGCCCCCCUUGGCUCCUGCCGGGCCCCGGCGCUGCUGCCUCACGGGUCGGGUCUCCCCGCUGCAGACUGGCCGCCAGAUCCCCCCUCCAGCUGCUUUGUGUCUCGGUGUGCCAGGGCAUUGUCUGCGAGGGAGAGACCCGGCGAGGCAGCCCGACGUCACGAGCAUCUCCCCGGCACCCUCGCUGUGUGCACGGGGCGGCCGCUGGCCCGGGAGGAAGCAGCUGCUGCUCCGUGGCACUCGGGGCAUCGUGCCCCGGAACUGGUGCCCACCAGCCCGUUUGUCCCUUGCUCAAAAGACGCCGUGAGGCUAAGUCUGUGUCCUUGCUGGAAGUGCGUGGUUGGGCAGAGGGAAUCCCUGAGGGAGGAAUGGUCCAACCUUGUUAUUAGACAUCAGUGAGUCUCGGUGUUAGACAUGACUGAGUCUCCACAGGCAGCAGCGGCAGCAGCAGCAGCUUUGACGCUUGGCUGCCAAGGAGAGCUCAGCCCAUCCGUUCCCUGCCCACGGACUGACUUUGACCCUGGUGACGGGGCACGCGGAGGGGGAGAGGUGUCCGGUCUGUCCCCUCCCCACGGUCCGUGGAGAGCAGAUCGCCCCUGCCCUGCCCGGAGCGGCGGCAGAGCCGGGACCCCGGCAGAGACUGAGACGCCCCCGGUGGGCUGAUACCGAGAUCAGAGGACGGCGAGUCGGGAUCCCGGAAGCAGGAUCCGAAACGAGAGCUGGGACCCCUGGAACAGGACUGAGACCGGGGGGGAAGGACCGAGACCCCCCGCGGGAGCAGGUGCGGGUACCGCCGGGCCAGGGGCCGUGGCCGUUGCCGGGGCCGUUGCCGGGGCCAGACCGGUCCCUGCCCGGUCCCUGCCCCCGCCAGGCUCCACCCCGGGCGGUGCGGGAUAAAACUUGGGGCACCUCCCCGGCAGCUCCGCGUCAGGGCUGCGCUCGGACCGGCUGCAGCGCUCAGGAGGUGACACCGCACCGACCACCACCUCCCCCCGGGACGUUUCUGGGGUCUCUCUCCCUCUUCCUGCCACCGGAGGCAGCUGAGCUCCCGCCGCGCCGGGAUCCGCGGGGCCGUGCUCGGUCGGCGGAUGGACCCGCAGCCCGGCGCCAGGAGCUGCAGCCGCGGGGCUCCCGCCUGCGAGGUGGGGCCACCCGAACCCCCCAUGAACCUCUACAUCCACACCACCACCGGCACCCGCUAUGAGCUCUCGGUGCCCGCCGAGGAGACGGUGGAGGGGCUGAAGCGGCGGCUGUCUCAGCGCCUCAAGGUGCCCAAGGAGCGUCUGGCGCUGCUGCACAAAGAGAGUCGCCUCAGCUCUGGCAAACUGCAGGACCUGGGGGUUGUGGAAGGCAGCAAGCUGACACUGGUGCCCACCGUGGAGGCCGGCUUGAUGUCCCAGGCGUCCAGGCCAGAACAGUCGGUGAUGCAAGCUCUGGAAAGCUUAACUGAAACUCAGGUCAAUGACUUCUUGUCAGGCCGGUCCCCGCUGACCCUGGCCCUGCGCGUGGGUGACCACAUGAUGUUCGUGCAGCUGCAGCUGGCGGCUCAGCAGAGCACCGGACAGCUCCAGCACCGGCACCUCAUCGCCAGCCGCGGCGAGGCGGGGGCCAGCGCCAGCCCCCACUGCCGGACACUGCACGGUGCCGGCGGCUCAGGCUUCGCCCGCAUCCCCGUGGUGCCCACGUGCCAGCAGAGCCCGGCCCCCAGCCCCACGCCCGCCGCACCGGCCCCCCCCAUGUACUGUAACGCCCCUCACGCCGCUCCCGUCACCGCCGGCAUGUUCCGGUCGCACGGGGCCAGCACGCAGACGGUGAACAGCAGCGUGGUCUCCUCCUGCUCAGAGGUGGACUGUGGUUCCCGCAGCAGCAGCUCCCCGGGCAGCAGUCCAGCCCCCUCAGCCCGAUCCCGCAAGCCCGGGGCGGUCAUCGAGAGCUUCGUCAACCACGCGCCUGGGGUCUUCUCAGGGACCUUCUCCGGCACUUUGCACCCCAACUGCCAGGACAGCAGCGGGCGGCCGCGGCGGGACAUUGGCACCAUCCUGCAGAUCCUCAACGACCUCCUCAGCGCCACGAGACACUACCAGGGCAUGCCCCAGUCCCUGACACAGCUCCGCUGCCAGACGCAGUUCUCCUCCUCUUCCUCUUCCUCCUCCUCAUCGCCGCCUGCCUCUCCAGACCUCGCCACCAAAACUACCUCAGAGCCGCUGCCGGCGGCCGCCGCCCCCACCCUGCACCCCGUCGUCCAGUGCCAAAGCCAGAUCCGGAUGUGCAAGCCCAGUGGGGACCGGCUGCGGCAGACGGAGAACCGGGCGACGCGCUGCAAGGUGGAGCGGCUGCAGCUGCUGCUGCAGCAGAAGCGGCUGCGGCGGAAGGCGCGGCGGGACGCCAGGGCUCCGUACCACUGGGUGCCCAACCGCAAGGCCGGCCGCACCAACAGCAACAGCAGCGUCUCCAGCGAGGGCAGCCUGGACCUGGACUUCGAGGACUCGGUCUGGAAGCCGGAGGUCAAGGCCGAGAUGAAAUCCGAGUUUGUCGUAGCAUAGAGAGCCGGGGGACUGUGCCGGGGGGUCCCGCUCGCCGCCCCCGCCCUGGGGAGGCAGUGCCGGUGUCACGGGCUGGGGCUCCUCGAGUUUUGCUGUCUCCUGCGACCAGACACCCUGGGCUGACCUGCGUGUCAGGGGGAGACCCCCACCCCUCUGCUCAGUUGGGUUUGGGGCAAAGGGGGGGAGCAGCAGGAGCUGCCCCCUCCCUGCGGCCUGCCCAGCUUGGGGGAGAGCCUCCUGGCACCUGGAGGGGCCCUGGGGUGUAUCGAAGCUGCUGCUUUGCUGUGAAGAGGGGCACAGCCGGGUGGGCACCAGCCCCACCUUGUGCCACCCCCCCGGUGCAGGCAGGAGGAGAUGAAGUCUCUCUCGGAGGUGCUGGAGCCCCCCCAAUUUGGGGGCCGUUUGUUUUCCUUCCCUUCUAUAUGUAGCAUUGCUCGGCUGUGGGGCUGGGCCCCCCCGGGGGGACACGUGUGCCUGGGCCCCACCGCCGCAGCCUG